AUGGUCUCGUCUCCUCCAGCAUCCCCUGACGGCGCACGGCAGAUGCGGCCACAGAGCAUGUACACAGCUUCCUCUCCAGAUGCUUUCCAGAAAAAUCGGCCGCAGAGCACGGUUCCUCGCCCUCCCAGAAGCAAUAGCCGUAUGAGCCAGAGCAGCAACCACAUUGGAAGUAGAGCGUCGGACGAAGAUGCCAAAACUUCGGUCAAAGUUGUGGUCCGAGUCCGCCCUCCUUUGGGCCCUUCAGAUCCCGGAUUUGACUUGAUUCCACAAAGAUUUCAACGCUCAAUGGUACAAGUAAAUACAAAUACCAGCCUUGCCGUUGAGUCACCCCAAGGACGGAAGAUCUUCAUUUUCGACCGUGUCUUUGGUGAAGAUACCACCCAAAAAGACGUAUGGGAAUACUUGCAAGACAGCGUCGAUUCAUUCUUGCAAGGUUACAAUGUGUCUUUACUUGCCUACGGCCAGUCUGGCGCCGGCAAAAGUUAUACCAUGGGUACAUCAGGCCCCGCAGAACAAUUCGAUACCUCUAUGAAAGGUGUUAUUCCUCGAGCAGCCCAACACCUGUUCGAAAGUCUCAAUAGUGGUCCUGCACAUAGCAGACACAACUCCGGCCUCAAAUCUCCAACCAGAUAUUCAGUCACAAGCUUAAAUCAGGUCAUGCAGGCAUCGAAAUCCUUCAUUGAUAGAGGAUGGGAUAUGUCGGUGACUUACGUCGAGAUUUACAAUGAACAUCCGAGAGAUUUGCUGCUUCCAGAAGAUGCACCGUUUACUGAAAGAGCCAAUGUGCAGAUUCGAGAAGAUCCUCGUGGUCGAAUAUUUGUAGAAGGUCUCAACUCAGUACGCGUGUCUUCUAUCGAAGAGCUCAUGCGUGUUUUGAAUCAUGGAUCCGCUAUUCGACAGACCGAUGCAACGGCCAUCAACGCCCGGUCUUCACGUUCUCACGCCGUUUUCACAAUCAAUCUGCGACAAACAAAAGCGCAAGGUUUCCCUACGGCAAAGGAUAAACGAACAUCAGCCCCAAUUGAUCAAUUGUCUGGAGGAGAUGCACCGAUGACUGUGGAGAGCAAGCUUCAUUUUGUCGAUUUGGCAGGUAGUGAACGACUUAAGAAUACUGGUGCUACUGGCGACCGUGCGAGGGAAGGGAUCUCUAUCAACGCAGGAUUGGCCAGUCUGGGCAAAGUGAUUUCUCAGCUGUCAUCGAGAACUCCAGGAACGUACGUGUCGUACAGAGAUUCCAAAUUAACGCGGAUGCUUCAAGACUCGCUGGGCGGAAACGCAAUUACGUAUAUGAUUGCUUGCGUCACGCCCGCAGAAUUCCACCUCAGUGAGACACUCAACACUGUGCAAUAUGCGCAGCGGGCUCGAAACAUCCAAAGCAAACCCAAGAUCCAGCAGGUCGAUGAUGGAGCAGACAAGCAAGCAGUGAUCGAACGAUUACGCACCGAAAUUGCCUUUCUGAGGCAACAGAUCCGAAGCGCCGAGUCCACCGAUCGUCGACCAGGUAUGAUGUCUGAGCGAGGAGAUAGACCCAGUGAUCGAGAAAAUGAACUGCAGAAUCAGCUGUUGGACAUUCAAGAGAGCUAUAAUGCACUCAGCCAGAGACACGCCAAAUUGGUGUCGGAGCUGACCAAAACCACUGAUCCUAUUGACCAAGUCAACAUUGUCGGGGAAAGUGCAGUGGAUCGCUUGAAACGUUCUCAGGCCAAUCAAGCAAUGAUUGAACAAGUGGUAAUGGAAUACGAAAAGACGAUUCAAAGUCUCGAGAACAAUCUCUCAAACACACGAUCGUCUCUCGCCACCACCGAAAGCAACCUCCUCGAGAGAGAAACGAAAUGCGCAUUCAUUGAAACGAUGAAUCAGCAACUAAAUGCCAGAGUUCAGAAACUGAUGGAUCGAGAGUCAAACACCGAACAAUAUCUCCAUGAUCUGGAGGCGAGGCUUGACGAUCAAAGUUCUGGAGGCGAAAAGAACGAUGUCAUCAUCUCUGAUCUACGCAAGGAGAUUUCGCGGAUUAGAGAAAGUGAAACAAACGCCGAAGAUUAUAUCUGUACUCUAGAAGAGCGGCUCGCCGAGGCGGAUCAAGACAUGGAGAUUAUGCAACGCGAGAUUGAAAGACUCCAACACCUUGUUGAGCGCCAACGAAGUCUCGGCAAGCUGGACAAUUUGUUGUACGAGCUCGACCACAUCCAAGACAAGGACGGAAAGGCCAAAGCCGUAAAUUCACCUCCUACAAACGGAGCAGCUGAGGGGCCUGAGGAAGCCCUCCAAACUGCGGAGGAGACCGAGUUACCAGCACAAGAGGAAGGCGAACUCGACGAGCAGGCCGGAGAUUUGGCAGAACAGGCACCGGCAGAAAGUGACCAGGCGGGUCUUGAAAAGCUCGAGACCGCCAUCGCUCAACAGGAAGGUCUCAAAGCUGAGCCUGAUCAAGAACCUCUUCCAAGUCCUGCGCAGUCGAAGUUCAUCACCGAGAAGUUCGAGGCAGUGAGUCAAGAGUUAUUUGACCUCCGAUUGGAACACGAGUCAACAGUAAAUGAACUGGAUCUGCUUUCGGCCAAAUACCAAGAAGCACUUCGAACUCUGGCGGAAAUGCAUGAGUCAAUCGAUCAGGAACGCCAAGGUACAAUAUCCUCGCAGGAAGACGCAGUUAAUGAAAGUGCUCAUGAUCAAUCUUUUUCGGAAGAGGCGGAGGAGCCGCAAGACGACGAGGAUGGUCAGCAUUUGCCUUCCUCGCGGUCGCUCUCCUCGGAAUUGUCCAUGGCUGGGGAGUCAACGACUUCAACAGAUACCGACAUUACGCCGGUAUCUAAGAACCUCCACUCUGUGGAGGUCCAGUCGCAGGAGAUUGAAAGACUGCAAAAACUUCUCGCGGAACACGAACGGAGCAUGAAAGACGUUACUGAGCAAUAUACCCAGCUCCAGACCGAUCACAAAGAGGCCUUGACUACCGUGGAGCGUCUGAAGUCGCAAAUCAAACAAACCAGACCUGCAUCACCUGGUACUCCGGGUAUGCUGCGACGCAUGACUUCACAAAGCGGAACUGGAGUUGAUCGAGGUCAGCGAUCUGUUACCUCUCUACGGACGCUCCUAGCCGAAGAGUUUGAAUCAAAACCUGAUCGUAUGGAAACCGCCGAGGUGCACCUCUCAGCUGCAAACAACGAACUUCAGGCACGGUUGGACCGAAUCCAAGCUCUAGAGGCCGAAGUCAAGACUGCAAAGAAAGAAAUGGAAGUCAAGUCCACGAUAAUAUCCGGUCUGACGAGAGAAAGGACCAGCAUUAAGGCGGGAUCUCCCGUCGACCUUAACAUGGUGUCUCAGUUAAGAGACCAGAUCAUUCAAAAAGAGACCGAGUUGAAAUCGCUGCAUGAGGGCUAUGCUCGUCGUGAACAAGAUCUGCAAGAGGAGAUCCAGAGACUGCACGAUGAAAAGGCUAACCUACAGGCAGCCUCGCCGACAUCCGAAAACGAGGACAAGAUUAACUCUUUGAAUCAGCAAAUAGAUGAAUUGAAGUCGAAGCUCGAGGCAGCCCAACAAGCGGUCGAGGAGUCUGAAAAGAAUUACAUACGCACAAAAUCUGAAUUGGAAGUUGCUUUGGCAAGCAUCGCCACUUUGAAAGCUCAGCAAGCUGCUGGAGAAGGAGACGAAGCUUCUGGCCGAGCUGCUGCUGCCAACGCAAUGCAAACCGAGCGUGAUAACUACGAAGGACUGAUCAACAGUCUCAAACAGCAGCUGGAAGAACAACGAACGCUCAACGCUGACUUUUCAGCCAAGAACUUCGAGCUGCGUCAACUUCAUGCCGCUCUCACCAAGGAUUACGAUGCCCAUGCUGAGAUUGUGAAAUCUCAACAGCAAGAAAUAGCUACCCUGAAGGCGGAAAUUGAACAGCUCGAACAAAAGGUUAAGCUUGCAGAGGCGCAAGUGGAGACCACCAAACAAAGUCUGAAAGCUCUUCGCGAAGCUCACAGAAAUGACGUUGAGGAGAUGAAGUUGGCUCAUGCUGGUGCCUUGGCCGGCUACGAUGACCAAAUGUCUGAGAUAACCGCUAAGCAUGCGAAACUUGAGGCGACCUACAAGGCGGAUCUUGAGCACGCCUUAUCGACUGUGCAGAAAAUCGUAUCCAACGCUCAGGCUGCACUUGGUCAUCCAACAACCGCAGAUAUGCUCGCAAGUCAUAUUCAGGAUCUGGUGGAGGAGAAACGUCAUAUCGUUGAGGCUAAUGUACGACUGACUGGCACCAAUGCGGAACUUGAGCGGCAGCUUGACGGCAGACAAGGCUUGCUUGAAUUGGAAGCCGAACUUGCAAAUGCUAAUGCCAAGAUCGGUAACUAUCAGGACACCAUCCGAAGCCUUGCAAAUGAGGUCGGCAAUCACGAAGAAACGAUCCGUGAAAAGGAAAACCUGCUCAAGAAAGCAGAAGCAAAUCUCCAAGCGGUUGAAUCAGAAAAGGCGAAGAAGCUGGUGAUUAUCGAAGAAUUAGAGCAGCAAUUGCAGAAUAGCUUUGAUCAACACCACAACCGACUGUCCGUCAUCCAAGCACAAGGCAACCAAGCUUUGAUUGAAGCUCAGCAACGCAUUGCUAUUCUGGAAAAGGAUUUGAAUCAGCGCACGUCCGUCAAUGAAGCAGCGUCUGAUAACGGCUCUCGCACCAAUACGAUGAAGUCACAACAGCGUCCGCAGUCGCCACAAGCCGAAGGAGUCCCGCGUUCCAACUCAAUGACAUCGAAUCUGAGAAAAUCUGCGUCGAUCACAUCCUUACCUUCACCGCCUCCGGCCAUCCCUCUUCCUCCGAUACCUGCUAUACCGGGAGCCCUUCAGGUAACAUCCCCAACGCCGGCCCCCAGCAACCCUUCGCCACCUCAAUCUCGCCAUGCCUCCAAGGAAGUCGCUCUCCCCGUGACCCCCGUGUCCGGCACCGUAGUUUCCACGAAUUCCCGCGAUAACCGCCGGCAGUCGGCGCUGAUUGAGGAACAAGAAAACCGGUUGCGGACCAUCGAGAAACACCUCCACGCAGAGAAACAGCUCACCGCCACUUUAGAGGAAGCCCUUGUCGAUCUUGAAACGCAAUCCAACAAAUUAAGGGUUGAUGCGGAGUCGUGGAAGAAGAAGGCGUGGGCUAUGGAAGAGGAGCUGGCAGGACUUAAAAAGGAGAGAAGAUCGGAAAGACUUAGUGUGCAGGCAGUGGAGGAAGAGGUUAAGAAGAGGAGAGAAGCCGAGGCCGCGAGGGCGCAACUCGAGGAGAGAAUGAGGUUGUUGACAGUGGGGAAAGAUGGGAAGACGAAGAAACGCAAGGGAAGUUCGUUGAAUUGUUUCUAA